CGCAGAGGCAUCGUGCUCGAGAGCCCGGCGCUGACCAACACGCGCGCAAACAUCCCCCCCCCCACCCCACGCGACGGAAUCCCUUGCCCUCUGCUGCACCAAAACACGCAUUGCUACCUCCACGGGCCGCCGCCCACGAUAGCCACCAAUUCCACACACCAUGUCGGUCCUCCCGCCCGAAGUGCACACCGCCCUCGCGAACCUGCUGCAGGGCCUCCAGUCGCCCGACAAUGUGCAGCGCACAGCGGCCGAGCAGCAGUUGAACGACGAGUGGGUGGCCCAACGACCAGAGGUCCUCCUGAUGGGCUUGUCAGAACAAAUCGAGCUGGCACAAGAGACGCCUACUCGUACAUUCGCCGCCGUCAUCUUCAGGCGACAGUCCUCCAAGCCUCGCAAGACCCAGUCCGGUCAGGCGGCAGAUCUGUUUCUGACGCUUCAGGCGCCUGAGCGCGAGGCUAUCCGCGCAAAGCUGCUGCAAUGCCUGGCCAACGAGGCCGACAACUCGGUCAGGUCCAAGGUCGGCGAUGCAGUUGCUGAGCUCGCGAGACAGCACACAGACGAAGGUGUCGCGUGGCCAGAACUCCUGGGCGCAUUGUUCCAGGCCAGCCAGUCGCAGGUGCCUGCCCAGCGCGAAAACGCUUUCAGGAUAUUCUCGACCACCCCUCAGAUCAUCGAGAAGCAGCACGAAGAUGUCGUCAUGAGCGCUUUCAAGGGCGGGUUUGCGGACAGCGAGACCUCGGUGCGCAUUGCCGCAGUCGAAGCAUUCGCUUCGUUCUUCCGCUCGAUUACAAAGAAGGCCCAGUCCAAGUACUUCGGUCUUGUCCCCGAGAUCCUCAACAUCCUCCCGCCGAUCAAGGACUCCAGAGAUGCGGAGCUUCUCACCAAGGCUCUCGUCUCCCUCAUCGACCUCGCUGAGGUGGCUCCCAAGAUGUUCAAGCCGCUGUUCAACAGCCUCGUACACUUCAGCAUCUCCGUCAUCCAGGACAAGGAUCUCGGCGAGACCGCUCGCCAGAACGCUCUCGAGCUCAUGGCCACCUUCGCAGACAACGCACCCCAAAUGUGCAAGAAGGACCCCAACUUCACCAACGACAUGGUCACACAGUGUCUGUCUCUCAUGACUGACGUGGGUGCCGACGACGAUGACGCUGAAGAGUGGAACGUCUCUGAGGAUCUCGACGAGGAGAGCGACUCGAACCACGUCGCCGGAGAACAGUGCAUGGACCGCUUGGCCAACAAGCUCGGCGGGCAAGCCAUUCUGCCUCCAACGUUCAACUGGUUGCCCCGCAUGAUGACGUCUUCAGCGUGGCGCGACAGACAUGCAGCUCUCAUGGCCAUUUCUGCCAUUUCAGAGGGUUGUCGGGAUCUCAUGAUUGGAGAGCUCGACAAGGUCUUGGAUCUCGUUAUCCCUGCUCUGCGCGACCCUCACCCUCGUGUGCGCUGGGCUGGAUGCAACGCCGUUGGUCAGAUGAGCACUGACUUCGCAGGAACAAUGCAGGGCCAGUACCACCAGAUCGUACUGCCGAACAUCAUCCCGGUGCUCGAGUCUGCGGAGCCCCGCGUGCAGGCGCACGCAGCGGCUGCCCUUGUCAACUUCUGCGAGGAGGCCGAGAAGGACAUCCUGGAGCCAUACCUGGACCAGCUCCUCAACCACCUGCUCAUGCUUCUCCAGAGCCCCAAGCGGUUCGUGCAGGAGCAGGCGCUUUCAACCAUUGCGACCGUCGCCGACUCGGCAGAAACUGCUUUUGGCACCUACUACAACACCCUGAUGCCGCUUCUUUUCAACGUCCUGCAGGAAGAACAGUCAAAGGAGUACCGACUGCUCCGCGCAAAGGCCAUGGAGUGCGCAACUCUUAUCGCCCUCGCCGUCGGGAAGGAGAGGAUGGGACCAGAUGCGCUCAACUUGGUACAACUGCUCGGCCGCAUCCAGAACAGUGUCACCGAGUCCGAUGACCCGCAGGCAUCGUACCUGCUUCACUGCUGGGGCCGCAUGUGCCGUGUCAUGGGUCGCGAGUUUGUUCCCUUCCUGGCCGGUGUUAUCCCCCCUCUCACCGAACUUGCUGGAGCCAAGGCUGACAUUCAGCUGCUUGACGAUGAAGAGCGAGUGGCUCAGAUUCAAGAUGAGGAAGGCUGGGAGCUUGUCCCGCUCAAGGGUAAGGUCAUUGGCAUCAAGACCAGCAUUCUUGACGACAAGCACAUGGCUAUUGAGCUCAUCGUCAUCUACGCACAAGUCUUGGAGGAUGCUUUCGAGCCGUACGUCAACGACAUCAUGGACAAGAUUGCUCUGCCCGGACUGGCCUUCUUCUUCCACGACCCGGUCCGUGUUGCGUCCGCAAAGUGUGUUCCUGCUCUCCUGAACGCCUACAAGAAGGCACACGGCCCAGAGUCAACACAACUUGGUCAGCUGUGGGAGCGCACUGUUGAGCGCGUUCUCGAGGUUCUCAGCACCGAGCCUGCGAUCGACACUCUUGCAGAGAUGUACCAGUGCUUCUACGAGUGCUUGGAGUGCAUUGGCAAGAACUGCCUGACACAGACUCACAUGGCUGCUUUCAUCGAAAGCGCUCGCAGUGUCUUGGUCGACUACCAGGAGCGCGUGAAGGAUCGUCUGGAGGAGCAGGCUGAGAACGAAGAUGGCGAAGAGGCAUCUGAGGAGACCUUGUUUGCCAUCGAGGACGAUCAGAACCUCCUGUCUGACAUGAACAAGGCUUUCCACACAAUCUUCAAGAACAUGGGCAUACAAUUCCUGCCCCACUGGGAAAAGCUGAUGGAGUUCUACUCGAGCGCUAUCGUCAACCAGGAUCCCACACAACGCCAAUGGGCCAUCUGCAUCUUCGAUGAUGUCCUCGAGUUCGCCGGGCCAGAGUCAUGGAAGUAUAACCAGCAGAUCAUCCAGCCGCUCAUUGCUGGCAUGCAGGAUGAGGUUCCCGCCAACCGACAGGCCGCCGUCUACGGUGUUGGUGUUGCUGCUCACAAGGGCGGCGAAGCCUGGUCAGACUUCGCAGCUGCCUCGCUACCCACACUCUUCCAGGUCUGCCAGCAACCCAACGCCCGCAACGACGACGAUGUCUUCGCUACAGAAAACGCAUCGGCGGCCAUCGCCAAGAUCCUCCUCCACAACACCGCCAAGGUCCAGAACUGGCAAGACGUCGCCACCGCCUGGGUAGACACACUACCCAUCGUCAACGACGAGGAGGCUGCACCUUUCGCCUACAGCUUCCUGGCGAAGCUAAUCGAGCAGCAAAACCAAGCCGUCUUCUCGCAACCCGCCAAGGUCUUCGCGUUUGUCGUCCAGGCUCUGGAGGCCGAGACACUGCAGGGCACAACCGCCUCGCAUGUUGUGUCUGCCGUCAAGAGCCUCAUCCAGGCUACCAGCACAAAUCUUGGCCAGGUCGCCGGCAGCCUGACGCCGGAGCAGCAGCGUACCGCCCAAGCCUACUUCAGCUAGGAGAUGAAUGGGUACAGGCUACCGCGAUCGCUGAGAUGGCAACAUGAGAAUUAGGAAUCGAGGGAUCAGUAUCUUCAGAGAGACGAGGCAGAUGAUAGGGCAGGGACGUGCUGCGCUUGUCGCGGUUGUUGUUCCUCCAUGCGCCUCAGGAGGCAGUAAGGCAUAGGGUGGCGUUUGCUUUCGUGUUAUGAAGUGACGGAAGGGCAUGCGGAUGAUGGCUGUACUUGGUUAGACUAUUUUAUCACAGAUUCCCCCCGUUCCCCACUGUAGGACUCCGAUCCGAAGUACGUAGAAAAGUGCAUGAUAUACCGAACUG